CGCGGCCUGGAGCCCCAACUGUCAGCAGGGUCGGGCUGAGGCUGCAGGAAAGGCUGCGGGCGCUUUCUCCAAGGCCAUGGAAUCUUCCUCAAGGUCUGAGAUGCCUUUACCCAAGUACUGCAGCGUGGCCACAACCCUGAAGGCCCCGGCCUGGACUGGUGCUGCUCCUCCCUGGGCCUUCUCCUUCACCUGCCCUUUUGCCCUGCGAGCGCCCUGGCUCAGCGGACACAGUCCCCUCGCCAGGGAUACAUCCUAUCACCCCUGUCUCCACAUGGCGAACCCAGCGUGGCAGGGAAGAGCUGGAGAUGUCACUGACACACGGGUCUUGGCACAGAGGGAGCCGGAUGGCUUUUAUUACCCAGCUCAAAUAAAGGCCGCUCCAGAGCUGGAGAGACAGGGCAUCCUGCUGGUGGAGUUUGAAGCUCCCCUUGUCCCAGCCCCCGCGCUGCCAGCCCAGCAGCAGGGUUUGGUCUUAGAUGACGAGGCCAUUCGGUUCUCACCACCCCUGGAAUACACCCUGCAACCUGGGGACAAGGUGAUGGCCCCUUGGGAGCCAGGGCAGCUGCGAUAUGGCCCUGGCACCGUUCUCUUGGACAUGGAGGCGAGAGGCCCACACAGAGCAUCUAAAGAAGAUAUUCCCGUCCGCUUCUGGAAUGGCAAGAUAGCUACAGUGCCUGUGGCUGGGGUCCGGAGGGUGCCCCCAGCGGUCUGGAGGAGAGCUGUGGAGAAGCUGCUCAGGGGCGCCGGCCCGCUCCCCUGGGCCCCUUGCUGCUCUGGCUGUGUCACCAGCAGGCUGCCUCUGGGCCCUCCUUUCCCGGGCUCCGCUGUCCACCCUGCCAGGUGCUGCCAGCUGCUGUGCCAGGGCUGCCACUGCUGCUGCCCCUGGGUGGGACCUGGCUGGUGGCCUCUAAGCAGGGCCCCACGGGUCACCUCCAGAGAACACCCGGCGGAGGCGCCGAAGCCCAUAGCACAGCUGUUGCACCUCAAAGGCCUCCAAGAGGAGGAAGGAACGAUAGCACCUCUGGCUGUUUCCUCCUCCUCCUCCUCCUCCUCCUCCUCCUCCUCCUCUUCCUCCUCCUCCUCUUCCUCCUCUGUGGAUGAAGAUGACUUGGAGCAUGAUCUGGAAGUGGACCUCCCACAGAGACUGAUGGUGGACAGCACAGUCAACACAGACCCCAUCCUUCUGGAGAAGCCUGCCAGGCCGGGCGGCCUCCGCCAGCCCGAGUGGAGGUAUUGGAGGAGAAACGGGCCGGAGCCGCCUCCUGGGAAGCCAGGAGCAAGACAUUCCAACAUCCAGAAAGAAGGAAACCGCCAAUGGAGGGCAGAGACUCUGCUAACAGGGAGUACUAAAGAGUUGGUCCUGGAAGCAACCGGCCUGAAGCCGCUACAGAUCUGCCGGAGGAGCCGCAUCCAGUAGAGUCAGGGGACUGUCACCUGUCAGGAGUCUUAAUUAAUCUUAAACUAAAAGCCCCAAGUCUCUAGGGAGAAUAUCUGGAAAGGGGACUCUUAAGAAUGUCUUACAUCAUUCUCUGACCUUUCGGGAUCGCCACCUCAUUGGGAAUGUACAGCUGAUGGUCCUUCUACCCAGGAAAAUGCACAUCCCCACAUCAUGGCAGUUUCAGAGGACUCACAUAGCCCUUACAGGUCAUCAGAGCCUUCUGUGGGGUACAAGGGUCCCUGUUUAAAUUACCCUCUAACCUAGAGAGAUGUUAGAAAUCUUCAUUAGGAUAGAAACAUAGCUCUACUCAAUGCUUUUGUUGCAUAAGUGUUCAAAAUAAAAUGAAUCAACAGGCAAUAAGAACAGAAAUGU